AUGGAUAGCGGCUGUGCCGGCAAUUCGGUUGACGAUGUGUCACGGUUGUCGAACGUUUUGAGCUGCCAGUCCGUGAAUCCACUGUCGCUGCGGCUGCAUCUCCAGGGCCGUCGGCUGUUCGGCAGCAUCCGGCACAGUCACGCCCAGGCGCUGCUUUCCCGUAUUUUCCGAACUGUGGACGGGCUGGUGGAUGCCCUGGAUGACUCUCAGCUGGAGCGUGUGUCGGAGUUUUUGAGCGACGUGCCUUCUGACGCGUCGGCCUUCCAGGCCUUCGUGAGUCGUCUGCUCGGUGAUGCGUCGGAAUCCGGCUCCAUAUCCUGGUUGUUGCAAAAUCUGCACGGGAUAGAUGGCAUCGAGAGCUUCGUGGCCAGUCUGGAGUCCGACUGGGCCCUCUUAUCGCAACUAACUUCAGACCCUUCGGUGGCUGGGUACGCAAAAAUCGCACGUGCAGAUCCCGAGUGCUCCAAGGCAGUCCUGCAGCAGCACAGGUCGUCUGUGGGAGCCGUUUCUGAGGACGACCUCACGGCAUAUGCUGCGCUCAGUCAGUCCGACUUCCGCCAGGUGCGGCUGCGGAACUUCGUCAAGAUCCACCAGGUGGGCCAGGGCGCGUACGGCGACGUCUGGCUCGCUGAGGACAUCGUGAACAAGGUGCCAGUUGCCCUCAAAAAGUUGAAGCUGAACGAGGACCGGGAGGGGUUCCCGAAGAGCGCUAUUCGUGAGAUUGUGCUGCUGAAUACUUUGAAGCACCGUAACAUCGUUAAUCUACUGGGCAUUGCGCAUUCCCAGUCGGAGCGCGAAUACGGUAAGGACCAUGUGUGGAUGGUGUUCGAGUACCUGCCCUUCGACCUCAGCGGCUACAUCGAGGCGCUCCGAGACCCAAGUGAAAAGCGCGAGAAGCUGACCAAGCCUUUGAUGUGGCUGUCCAUCGGAGAGAUCAAGUCGAUAAUGCACCAGCUGCUGCGCGCCGUCAGCUUUUGCCAUCGCAACAAUGUGCUGCACCGCGACCUCAAGACAGCCAACCUGCUGAUGAAGCACGACGGUACCAUAAAACUGGCCGAUUUCGGUCUCGCUCGCGUGUGCCCAACUGGCAAGGGGAUGCUGACGAACCGAGUGGUGACCUUGUGGUACCGUCCGCCCGAGUUGCUGCUGGGCAGCGACAACUACGACUCGGGCGUGGACAUGUGGAGCGUUGGAUGUAUUAUGGCUGAGCUUGUCUGCGGCACUCACAUAUUCGCCGCAGACAAGGAGGCUCUCAUCCUGAAGCUAAUUGCUGAGCGCCUGGGUCUGCCGACAGAGUCGGACCUCAAAUUCCUGAAGACGCUUCCGCUAUGGAACGAGCCGCUGGCGAAUCCACUCCACCCCGACCGGCAAGGCACAAUAGUACCGCGCAAGAAGGAGUUCGAGAAAACCUUCAAGGUAACUAACGAGCUGGGCGACGAAGGAUGGGACCUCAUGCGUCAGCUGUUUGCGUGGACACCGGGGAAUCGCAUCUCUGCGCGCAAGGCAUUGCAGCACCCAUGGUUCAGCGUGGAGCCGCUUCCUUCCGGACUCAUCAGCCGCGCCAACGUGAAGGCCGCCCACAGCUUCAUGACCAAGAACCAGCGAAAACGGGAGUCGCAGAAGCAGCCGUUGAAACGCCCGGAGUACGUGAAGUACGCGAACACUGGGCACAUCCGCCGAACGCUGGAGAAGCAGCGCGCCAAUGCUAAGGGGAAGCAGGCCGCUCUGAACACAAAUCCAUGA